AUGGAGCUUCUGACGACGUUUGAGAAGUAUUGCUCUCUGUCUCUUCCCUUGUCCACGUACUUACCCGAGCUCAGGUUUUUCCAAAGCGGCACUGUCACAAUUUAUGCGGGAAAGGAGCGUCGAGAACUUGCUGUUCACAAAGCAAUCUUGUCCGAAUCUGGCUCGCCAUCACUUCAAAAACUGGCCGAGCCAGGCUGGAGGGAGUCCUCAGAAGGUUGUAUUGAUUGGACUCAUACAAGUACCCCAACAGUCGAGCGCGUCCUGACAUGGCUCUACCUCCGAGACUACACAAGUCCGGACCCAAUACGGCGAGAAGGUUCAGUACGGUCAGAAGAGGCAGACAAUAUCGUGGAUGGCCAAGACCCUAAAGUAAGAGAAGACACCCAAUCCGUUGCAGGUCAGUAUGGAGAAAUCGAGGAAAGCAAUGAAGCCGUCGAACCUCUGGCGGAAGCAGAAGCCGCGCCGGAACCCCCACCAGAACCAGAUUACUCAGAUGUUGAAGACCUGGAGCUCCAGAAUGCGAUUCUCGAUUCAUGCAGCCAACGGCCGUUGACUCCUCUUGGUACCUGUGUUGGACUUCCACCCGUCACGACUACAUACAAAACCGCAGCCGGUCUUUUCGAGGAGGAAGAGUUUCCCAUUCACAGCUUCUCCUAUCGCGAGCCUUUGCUGGCUCAUGUGGAAGUCUACAGCUUCGGAAAAUAUCAUUUCCUACGUGGACUGCAAGACCUGGCCCUCCAACGGAUGAUAGUCACCCUGAGGAAAAUUGACUGCUCGGUCAAAUAUGCCAGAGAAGAGCUCGGGGAGAUCAUCGAAUUCGCCUAUGACAACAUCGAUGCCACUGGAGACGGCGAAGAACCCAUGCGCAAACUCUUGUCUCAAUUUGCUGCAGCAAAUUACACUUCGCUCCUGCAUGGCAGCUUUGAGACUCUCUUCGGUCGUGGCGGUGAAUUCACCCUGGAUCUGGCGCGAAAGCUUUCUCGACGACUCUUGGCGCAUGGGGUUUCAGGCAGGUUGGUGGAAGAUGAGUUGGAGCAACGGAUUCAAACCCUUGAAGUCCGAGUGCAAGAGCGAGACGAAACAAUCAAAUCCCUAAAUGUUAGCCUGAACGAUUUGCGUGAAUGGGGCCGAGGGUUCAACAGGAGAGGCUCCAGGGGACGAUACCGAUAA